CAUAUGUUGUUUUGUUUACAAUUUCUUGUACUUCAUUUACUUCGACUGGAACUUUUUGGACUUUAGUCACCGAAAAAUGCUAAAUUUAAAGAACUUGGCCAGCCACGCCUACCGGCAAUAUGAACUGGUGACGUGCAUCAAUAUGCUGGAGCCCUGGGAAAGGAAGUUGAUUAAUGGAUUCUUCCUGAUCAUGCUGUUUCUGGUCCUGUUCUCCAGCUUCAUGUACUUGCCGGACUAUCUUCAAACUCUUCUGCAUUUUAUAACGCCGCCCACUUGGCACAGCUCCCCGGAAAAUCCCGCCUAUGUGGCGCAGAAAAUGGCACGGAGUUGAGCUUCGCCUUCCACGUAUCCACACAUCCGGUGCAGCCCCUUGCCCAUGAUACUCCCUAUUGAAAGACAACUAUAGUUUAAUUGUUAUGAUAUUAUUGUGACUUAAUUCGACUGGUCUAAGAUCUGUAAAUAUUUCACCGUGCCAAUCCAAAUACGUUUAACCCAA